UAGCUUGUCAUUCUUGUGAAACAGCUGAUCGAUGGUUGGUUGCGCUUGGUGAAAAAAAAUCUCGAUUUUAUUGUAAUGAAAAGUGAAUUAAAACAAAAAUGGAUGUGGUUGGACUAUUAAAUAAUAUAAAUGAUAAGUCGGAUAUGUUUGCGGUCAAAACAUGGACUUCAGAUUGGACGAAUAGCUUCCAAGAUAAUCAAUUACUGUGGUCCUUUUGCGGUUGCCUCCUAGUUUCUCUAUUAGUAGUAUUCUUCUUCUACUACCGACGAUGGCGGACGAAAGAACUAUUAGGAGGCACAAACACCACAGCGGCGGGCGAGCCCGCAAAACGAUUUCGAAAACGAGACAAAAUGCUCUUCUACGGAAGGCGGAUGCUGAGGAAGGUCAAAUCAAUAUCCAACUCUGGGCAGGGUCGGAAACGGAGAGCUGUUAUGAGGUUCGCGCGUAAGCUGCUGCAGCUUAAAAAAGAAUCUGCUCCUGAACAAUUGAAGGUGCUAGAACCUCCAGCAGAAUAUCUAGAAGAGGAUUUGACGAGCGACGACCGCGUGCCUCCUGACGCGUUGUAUAUGCUGCACAGCAUCAGAGUGUUCGGCCAUUUUGAGAAGCCAGUGUUCCUGAUGCUGUGUAAACACACAGAGAUACUCAACCUGCCUGCUGGCUCGUUUCUGUUUAAAGUUGGAGACACUGACGAAAACGUGUACGUGGUACAGAACGGUCGAGUCAACGUGUACAUCACAAACCAAGACGGCACAAGUCUGUCCUUGAAAAUCGUUCGAGCGGGAGAGAGUGUCACUUCUCUUCUGAGUUUCACUGAUGUUUUGACUGGUCACUCUCAACCAUACAAAACUGUGAAUGCCAAAGCUCUCGAAGACUCCCAAGUGAUAAAAUUACCCAUGCGAGCUUUCCAGGAAGUUUUCAAGGAAUACCCAGACAUAUUUGUUAGAGUUAUACAGAUAAUUAUGGUGCGCCUCCAAAGAGUCACGUUUACGGCACUUCACCAGUAUUUAGGCCUAAGUGCUGAAUUGGUUAAUCCAGGCAAAGAGAAACGGCGUCCCAUGACAAUGGCGUCUCCGGGCAAGUCGGGCAAAUUUGUGGUGGACUGUGGCACCUCCAUGCACUCGCCCCACCACAGCGAGCGGAAUCUACUUGACCACGUGCAGGAAGGGUACCAGGCGUCGUCGCCCGUCCACAUCGCGGGCAGGAAGCCGCGCCCGGACAUGGUGCCCGACAUUACGACUAACACACCACAGAACACGCCGCAGCAACAACCGGACGUCCAACCAACGUCAUCCUUCCAGAGACCUAAAGAAGGAUCGUCGUUCAAGAAGCAUAAUAACACAGAUAAUUUAGAUGAACAGGCUCUUGUUCAAAUAGCGACAGAGGCCUUCGUCAAGGAGUUGGGUCUAGAAAACGAUGAGAUUCUCAAAGGAAACGUUCAAGUGAGGGAUCUCCCGGCCGGUACUUAUAUCAUGAAGGAGGAAAGCCAUAAGCUAUAUUACAGUAUUACGGGUGAACCAGAAAUUGUUCAGGACGUAGCUCUUGUAUACCUUCUGUCGGGCGCCCUGCUCGUAUCACAGAAGGUCGCAGAAGGGGAGGGAGAAGUCCACAUGUUCACUGCGCACCCUGGUGAGGUGGAAGGUGGUUUAGCCGUACUAACCGGCGAGCCCAGCUUUUUCUCCAUAAGAGCUAAACACUUCUCCCGUAUCGGCCUGUUAUCUAAGACAACAGUAUACAGCAUUAUGAGGGAGCGGCCGUCCGUAGUGCUUCAUAUCGCUAACACUGUGGUACGAAGGCUGUCGCCGUUUGUGAGACAAGUCGAUUUCGCUUUGGAUUGGGUGUUCCUGGAAUCAGGCCGCGCGGUGUACCGUCAAGACGAGGAAUCUGGUUCGACCUUUAUCGUCCUGAGCGGUCGAUUGCGUUCCGUCAUAACACACCCGAAUGGCAAGAAGGAACUUGUUGGUGAAUACGGCAAGGGCGAUCUUGUUGGCAUUGUUGAAAUGGUGACUCAAACGAGACGUAGUACAACAGUGAUGGCAGUCCGUGACUCGGAACUGGCGAAGCUUCCAGAAGGUCUCUUCAAUGCGAUCAAGCUUCGCUUCCCCGUCGUUGUCACAAGACUGAUUAACUUGUUGGGACAUAGAAUUUUAGGCUCAUGGCAGAAACCUACCGCUGGUCUAGGCGCUGCCACCAUAGAGUCCCGUCCCUCGCAGCACAACUUUUCCACGGUGGCUGUUGUGCCAGUUAGUGACGAUGUGCCUUUGACUGCUUUCACUUAUGAGCUGUACCACUCGUUGUGUGCUAUUGGGCCAACAGUACGCUUAACUUCCGAUGUAAUAAGAAAACUUCUGGGAUUGACCAUUAUGGACCCGAAUAACGAAUACCGCCUUAGUUCUUGGCUAGCUCAACAAGAAGAUAAACAUAAGGUGGCGCUAUAUCAGUGCGACCCGAGCCUCACGCAAUGGACUCAGCGUUGCAUCCGCCAGGCCGAUUGCAUCUUGAUCGUCGCUUUGGGUGACAAGCAACCGAGCAUUGGCAAAAUCGAAAAAGAAAUCGAACGGCUAGCGAUUCGAACGCAGAAGGAGUUGGUGCUGCUGCACAGAGAGGGUGGGCCCAACCCCUCCGGCACGGUGCACUGGCUCAACAUGCGCACGUGGGUCAGCCAGCACCACCACGUGCGCUGCCCGCAUCGCAUGUUCACCCGCAAGAGCCAGUAUAGGAUUAGCGAGCUGUACAGCAAAGUGCUGAUGUCCGAAGCGAGCGUGCACUCCGAUUUCUCCCGGCUCGCGCGCUGGCUCACUGGCACCGCUGUGGGGCUGGUGCUGGGCGGUGGCGGUGCGAGGGGUGCGGCGCACGUUGGCAUGAUCCGCGCCAUACAGGAAGCUGGAAUCCCAAUCGACAUGGUUGGAGGAGUGAGCAUCGGAGCUUUUAUGGGAGCCCUCUGGUGCAUGGAACGAAAUAUUACCACUGUCACACAGAAAGCGAGAGAUUGGUCUCAGAAAAUGACCCAAUGGGGCAAACAGCUAAUGGAUCUGACAUACCCCGCUACAUCCAUGUUCUCCGGUCGCCAAUUCAACACGACCAUCAAGUCGACCUUCGGAGAAGUCCAUAUUGAAGAUCUCUGGCUGCCUUACUUUACUGUGACCACCGAUAUCAGCUCCAGUUGUAUGAGGGUACAUCGACAUGGUUCUCUAUGGCGGUACAUUCGCGCCUCGAUGUCUUUGAGCGGGUACAUGCCCCCCCUCUGCGACCCCGUAGACGGCCACCUCCUUUUGGACGGCGGCUAUGUCAACAACCUCCCAGCUGACGUGAUGCGGUCUCUUGGAGCUAAGCACAUCUUGGCCAUCGACGUUGGUUCGCAAGACGAUACCGAUCUCACUAAUUAUGGAGACGAUUUGUCUGGCUGGUGGUUACUAUGGAAACGGUGGAACCCAUUCACAACUCCAGUCAAGGUGCCAAAUCUUCCCGAUAUCCAAAGCAGACUUGCGUAUGUGUCUUGUAAUCGACAGUUGGAGGAGGUAAAGUCGUCAGACUACUGCGAAUACAUCAGACCGCCGAUAGACUCGUACAAAACUCUUCAGUUUGGUUCCUUCGACGAGAUCCGUGAAGUGGGCUAUAGACACGGUUCCGCAUACUUCGAGGGACAGAGGCGAGGCGGCGGCGGGGGAGUGAGCGGGGCAGCGGCGGCGGAGCGCAAACACGAUGCGCAACCCGCUAUAACUGACUACACAUUCACGGACCUAGCACAAAUGGUGUGUUCGGUACGUACCGCGCGCGACGUAGAGAACGAAUCGCCUUCAUCGUCCGACUACGACGAAGACCAGAGGCACUUUGAGGGCUACGCGUCCGAGCCCAGUGGGGGCAUAAUGGAGAUGUCGUCAAGCGUAGAGGACGGCGCGGCGUGGAUCAGCGACACGGAACUGGUGCGCACUUAUUGAGCUGCUCGAGGCACAUUAGUUUGGGAGGGGCUUCGUACACGGCGCGUGGGAGGUUCCCUAUCGCUGUCAGAGGAAGAGCCCGACUCUGAAGCGGAGGUGUACGACCCCUUGAACAAGCGUGGCGGGGGCAGAUGAGACCCGACCAUGCACGAUCUGUGCAAGGCGUUAUAUAAAUACGUACGAGGGGACGCUGAGGACAGUGACUAGACCGAGAUCUGUUUUGUAGUUUAAGUAGGCAUCUUUUUUUUACCAAUGUAAUGAGAAAAGGACAGACAAACCUGAUUUUUAAAACUUGUCAAACCUCGUGACUUUAGGUGCCAGUUGUACCCCUAUUGUUUAAAUUUGUAGAGUGCACUGACAUUUAGAGUUUUAAAUUUAUAAUUCAUUUUCCGUCCUUUUUUAGCAAUAUAAAAAAGAAAAAGAUGCAGAUACUCUAAAUUUAGUUUAGACAUUACCCUUAAACUUACUAAGAUCAGCUUAUUUCGGUGCCUCGAUUUUGAUCUACUAGCAGCAAAUUGUCUAUAUGAUAUUCUUAAGAAUCCUAUGUAAUUUUAUAUGUCUAAGAUUUGAAAACCCAUGUACAGUACACCGAUCUAUCCAAUACUAUGAAUAUAUGUUACGAAAUAACCGUCGUACUAACAAAUCGAUUUUUCUCGGGUUCGAAUCGAAUUCGAAUAGAUCGGUGUGCAUACGGGCUUUCAAAUCUUAUCUAAAUAAAAAUUAGUACGUCAUUACUUUUGUUAAUAGGACGUUAUUUAACGUAUCUAAUUUUUUUCAUAUUAUAAUAUCAUGGAUUGAGCACUUGUUUGUAUGGGACACUUUUUUAACGUUAUUGUAUCUCGCUGGUGUAGAAGUAAGUCAAUGGACGUCUAU